AAAAAAUGCCAAUAGCCAAGAAACUAGGUUCGCAGCCGAUCUAUCUAAUCAACUUUGAGAAUUAUUUGCGGCCUAAGAGACCGCAUAAGAUAACGCCACUACAAUGCUUUGAUAAGCCCGCAAAAAAACCCGAAACGAAAUGCUUCAAACUUCAAAAAACCCUACAAAGAUGGAAAUUAGUCAGAUGGUGGCGCACAGCGCACAUAAAAUUAUCCAAGAAUGUGGAACAGAUGCCGCUGCCGCGAUUCCUCAACUUUCUGCGUGCUCGCAACGAUGAUGGACUGUGCAAGUCGAAGACGGGCUUUGAGAUCUACUGUGAAAUGUCGAGCAUACAUGGCUUCCAUGUAUUUGUUGGGGCAAAAACCUGGCAGCGUGUGCUAUGGUGGCUCUUGAUCUGUGUGGCGAUACUACUGUCCCUCCUCGUCCUGAUCAUGUCCUACGGCAUGUCGGCAGAGACGCCAACCAGAAGCUAUAUUGAGAGCAUGAUGCAGCCUUUGUCCGCCAAUCGUUUGCCCCUUCCAGCCAUAACAAUAUGUGGUCUAAAUCGCAUCUCUAAACAGCAGCUGUCGAUCAGAGCCAAUAAGUGGUCGGUGCCCGUGCAAAUGCUACAGCAGCUGCCAUGGCUGAGUCGCAGAAGCUCGCCUGGCAUUAAUCAGACUCUAAUCAAACAGUUGAGUGACCAAAAUGAGACUUGGUCGCAGCUAUUGGAGCAGUUGUCGCCACAGAUUUGUGAGCAACAAUUGAUUGGUUGUAAAUGGCUGGGGUGGAAUCCGCAAAGUUGCAAGCAACUAAUGACAACCGUUUGGAGCUACACAGAGGGUCGUUGCUGCAGCCUUAGACAGACAUCUGAUAAUCCUGCCACGAGUCUAACUCUGCGUCUGGCCACCAAAAUUGAGGAUUAUGGCAGCACUGCAACGGCAGCAACGGGUUUCCAGGUGCUGCUGCAUGAGGCACACACCUCAAUUGAUGCGGCCACGCAGCGCGUACUUGUGCCGAGUGGCACGGAGGUGCAUCUGAUGCUAAAGCCCUACAGCACACAUGCCACAGCCUAUCUGGACAGCCUGGAGCCCAACACCCGCGGCUGUUAUCUGAGCAAUGAGCGCUCGCUAUUCUCUUUCCCUGCCUACAGUCAGGACAAUUGCCUGGCAGAGUGCCACAGCGAAAGAGUCUACCACAUCUGCGGCUGUGUGCAUCCGCAUAUGCCUAAGAGAUCGCAUUGGACUUUGUGCCAACUGGCACAGCUUCAAUGUCUUCAGCAGCAGGGUGAGUGCACCCUACAAAAAUCCUGGGAUCAGUUGCAGAGCCUCUGCAACUGCUUGCCACCCUGUCAGUUUAACCGUUAUGAAGUGCACACUGAUGUGGCAGCUCUAGAUGCCAGCCAAGCCGCGCCCCCCACCAAUGACGCCUUGUAUAACAACUUGAAUGCCUCGGACGAGCUGCUGCUGCACAUUUAUUGUGACUCGUUGAACGCCGAACAGCUGCGAUUGGAUGUCUUUGAGAAUUGGCUGAGUUUUAUAGGCACCUUUGGCGGCAUCACUGGUCUAUUUAUGGGCUGCAGUUUCGUGUCGGUCUUUGAGCUGAUAUUCUUUGUGUGUGUUCGACCCACUUGUAAUUGGCUGACCCGACAACAGAUACGCUAUCGAUUGCGACGGCGACGUCGUCGUCAACUGGCAGCAGCAGCAGCAAAGGGUAAUUAG